AUGUACAAGGGGAACAUCCUGUAUUAUCUUUUCCUCGCAUCUACCGUUGCUGCAGCACCUGCUAUUAGCGGCUCGAACUCGUCUGUAACCAGAUCGUCCACCACUGUGCUAAACAGCUCAACGGGAGGCGGUAGUACUGUGUCUUCUGCUCCAAACGAGGCGCAGACCGUACCACCGGCCAGCGACGAUCCUAACUUUCCGGAGUGGUCGCAAGAUACACAUGACAAUGUACAGCCUAUAAGGAACACAACUGGCGCUACGCAAAUUGUCCCCGACGACAUCGAGCUCAACCAGCAAAACCCAGACCUCUUUGCGCCCCCUACUACCGAUAACGGGCUCAUUCAAAAUGCUAAGUGGCCAUUUGCCCUGAGUAAAAAUCGUCUUCAGACCGGCGGAUGGGCUAGACAACAGAACGUGGAUGUAAUGCCCAUUGCUACGACAAUGGCCGGAGUUCAGAUGCGCCUUGAGGCUGGUGCAAUUAGGGAGCUCCAUUGGCAUUCCGUCGCAGAGUGGGCGUAUGUGAUAAAGGGAACUACCUCAAUCACUGCUGUGGACACAGACGGUAGGAAUUACGUUGCCACAGUUGGUCAAGGCGAUCUUUGGUACUUCCCGCCUGGAAUACCUCAUUCACUUCAAGGAACAGACGAUGACCCCGAUGGAACCGAAUUUCUUCUGGUUUUUGACUCCGGCACUUUCUCGGAGGAUACAACAUUCCAGUUAACCGACUGGACGGCACAUAUACCGAAGGAAGUACUGGCAAAGGAUUUCCAGACCAAUAUCUCCGCUUUCGAUCACAUACCAUCUGAGCAACUAUAUAUCUUCCCAUCCGAACCUCCUCCAAAGAACGAGACUGCUCCCUCGGAUCCGAAUGGCCAAGUUCCGCAAGCAUUCUCAUAUAGACUCUCGGAGCAGCCUGCGACACCUCUUGCCGGUGGAUCGAUCAAGAUAUUUGACCCAAGCGUGUUCCCGGUUGCCACCACAAUUGUUGGAGCUUUGGUCACCGUUGAACCUGGAGGGAUGCGGUACUGGCAUCCAACUGAGCCGGAGUGGAGUUACUUCAUCUCGGGAGAAGCACGUAUGACUCUCUUCGCAUCUUCGGCGACAGCGAAUACGUUUGACUAUCGGGCGGGCGAUAUCGGAUACGUUCCACCGUCUUAUGGGCAUUAUAUUGAGAACACAGGAAACACGACUCUCACCUAUUUGGAGCUCUUUGCUUCGGACCGAGUAGAAGAUAUCAGCUUGCAACAAUGGCUUACACUCACCCCGCCUGCUCUUGUGAAAGCUCAUCUCGACCUUGAUGACGAGACAAUUGCUCACCUAAACAAGACCAAGCAGUUUGUUGUGGGUCCAAACUAA